AUGGACAGAGAGCAAGAGGAGAUCCAAUUCCUGGGCUUCUUCGGCAUCCUAAAGGAGUCAUACAACAUUGUCUCAUCAUGGACAAAGAUUUUCACACACAUCACACUCUCCAUGAUCCUCCCUCUCUCCCUCAUCUACUUAGCCCACAUCCAAAUCUCGGAGCUCCUCUUCACCAACAUCAUGCACAACGAGUGGGUCCUCGACAGAACUCCCGUCGGCUCCCGUUCCUACAACAAGGUCUCCGACGUCCUGACCUCCGAGUGGUCCGCCUUCUUCUUGUUCAAGAUCGCCUACUUUGUAUUCUUCAUCAUCCUCGCCCUCCUCUCCACAUCUGCAGUCGUCUACACCAUCGCAUGCAUUUACACCGCUAAGGAAAUAACGUUGGCCAAGGUCAUGAGCGUCGUUCCUAAGGUUUGGAAGAGGCUUAUGGUCACUUUCAUAUGGAAUUUCAUCAUAGUCUUCGCGUACAACAUCGUGUCCCUACUCGUCUUCAUCGUGGGAGUGAUCUUGUUCGGUGCCAUACCAGCUCUGGUUAUAGCUUUUGUCGUCGUGUUCACUGUUCUAUACCUGGCCGGAUUCUUGUAUGUUACAAUGAUAUGGCACCUGGCCACCGUCGUCUCGGUGUUGGAAGACAGUUACGGCCUAAACGCCAUGGCCAAGAGCCAAGAUCUAAUCAAGGGCAAAAUGGGAAUUUCUGUAGCACUUUUCAUCGUGCUACUUCUAUGUUUCUUUGCGAUUCAGACAACGUUUGAAUUCCUAGUGGUGUUUGGGCACGGGACCGGGACAAGAAUUGGUGUUGGGAUCCUUUGCCUGAUUUUGAUGUCGAUAUCGAUGUUGUUCGGACUCAUUAUUCAGACAAUUGUAUAUUUCGUUUGUAAGUCAUACCACCACGAGAACAUCGAUAAGUCGUCUUUAGCGGAUCAUCUUGGGGGUUAUCUUGGAGAGUAUGUUCCUCUCAAGUCCAAGGAUGUCCAGCUCGAGCAAUUUGAGGUUUGA